AUGAAUUUUUUCAUUCAACAUACAAGUGAAUCAUUAUUGAUUAAUGAAAAUGCUGUACCCGAUGUACAUGUUGACAUAGACACAAUAUUUAAUAAACUUGUACCCGAAGAUAAUUCUUAUGAACAUUUAGAUGAAGGUCAAGAUUAUAUGCAGGCACAUGCAAAAUGUUCAUUACUCGCUUCAUCAAUUAAUAUUCCUAUUACAUCAGGAUGUUUAGUUUUUGGUACUUGGCAAGGAACGUAUUUAUAUAAAUAA